AUGGCAACGAACGACAAGCGAAGCGCGGCCAACUUUGAGGCACACGACUUUGAACCGCGGAAACGGGGCAAAUACACCCAAGUCGCAUGUAAUGAGUGCAAGCGCCGGAAGCUGAAAUGUAGCGGUGAGGAUAUAUGCAAGCGAUGCGCAUCGAAUCGCGUUUCUUGUGUAUAUGCCGUAUCUCGGCCAACUGCAUACGAGGAAAAUAAUGCUGAAAACCAUCAGCAUCAACGAAAUCAUUCCCCAUCGAGGCUGGAAUCAUUGGAAAGUCGCAUGUCAUCGAUGCAAAGGCAGCUGGAUCUUAUGUCCAAUGAAAUCCGAAUACUACGGCGAAGAUCGAAGCCACCUCAGCAACAUUUCCGAACAACAAAUAGAGCUCACAAACCUACUGACUCCCGAUGGGCGAGCCGAGCUCCAGUUUCGCCUAGCUAUGUUGGUCCAACGAGCAGUGAAUUCGGUCUGAAUGUCCCCAAUGAUGACUUACCGGACAUGGAUGAAACGGAAACUUCAGAACUAGUGCAACCGUCUUCCUCAAACAGUCCCUAUGUACCGCCAGUGGUGCCAGAAGAGCAAAGAAAGAGAACAGAUAUCUCACGAAGUAAUCCCCUACUAUCGCUCGACGAGACCGACGCUCUUCGGCUUGUCGAUAUUUACGAUGAGGCUGUUGGAACGAUGUAUCCUGUCGUGGACCUCAAAAGUAUACGAGAGUACAUUGUUGACUACUACAGCCAACACUCGAACGAUGCCGCUGGUCACAUGUCCCCACCCCAAAGCGGGAAUGAGGACUGGUGGUUUUCGGCGCGUGAUACAGAAGUCUUGAAACUUGUGCUUGCUUUGGGUCUAAUAUCGGAAUCGCCUGGUCAAAGCGAGCUCGGGAAUAUACUUGCUGCGAGCGCUGAAGAUACCUUUGCCACGACUCGGACGCAGGUACCUGAGGUCGAUAUGAAAGAGUUGAUUAUCUUAACAUUGGUGGCUGAGCACCACACGUACCUAGACUGUAUGAUUUCAUAUUGCCGAGUUGGAGGCAACAUAUGGGAUCUAAUGAUCGGCUGGGGUAGCACAGCCAAAGCAGUGGCAUCCGACAAUGAAUCCUUUUUGAACUUUCAGAUACAUCAAUGGCAAGAAUCCAUACCGUCCGAGUUCCGCUUGGAUGAUCUGCAGGGCGAAUGGGCGCCUACUAUGAGAGACGCACGUCUGGCAACACCCCGAAUCCUCCUACAUUUACGCGCAAAUCACAUGAGAAUACUUAUUUACAAACAGAACCUUCUGAGCGCUCAGUCAAUCAGAAACAAUUUUUCAGGCGCGAACGUUGCCGUCGCGAAUGCAAAGAACACGAUACAAGCACUAAGCAAUCCCAGCUAUGUCUCGGCGAUCUAUUCCCAACGGCCGCAACCGUUCGAUCGGUUCCUCUUUUCAGCGCUAGCAACACUUUUUCUAGCCAUGUUUCAUUACCCGGAUUACUUUGUAAACGUCUGUCGCGACAGUUUCUCUGAGGCAUUGAAUACAUUGAAACGGUCAUCCACUCGAGGGAGACAUUCUCGACGACUUCGCAAGGUCAUCAAAAAUCUCAAAAGACUUGACACUAACCAACCGUCUACUCGGUCCAAUGUCCUUGCAACAACAAUUGAUGCUGAUCAAGCAGAUGCAAUUGAUCCUAAAACGGCAGCAAAUGUUCAACCCACUGAUAUCGACCAUUCGAUUUAUUCACUUCCUCCAUCGCUAGUCAAUGAAACUACACCAGAUGACUACAGUGACCUAACCAACUUUUUUGAGUUUGCUGGCGACUUUUUCAUGGAUCCUCAACUCGGCAAUCGUGGCGAGGUUGAUCAAACGAAUUCUUUGCUGAACGAACAAUUACAGAACUCGCUGGAUAUGUUUCAUGUUGAGGAUGAGACUUUGACCAGAUUGAUGAUGGGACUGUUAUGA